AUGACCCAAGAUGUCCAAAACCAACAUUGCCACCAACAACUCCAGCACCAGUUUGCUACCCAGGAUCAAAUGACCCAAGAUGCCCCAAACCUUCACCAACACCAACUUACUAACCCUUCACCAUCGACACCGGCACCACCUUUGUGUUAUCCAGGAUCAAAUGACCCAAGAUGUCCAAAACCAACAUUGCCACCAACCACUCCAACACCAGUUUGUUACCCAGGGUCAACUGAUCCAAGAUGUCCACAAAUUACACCUGUUCAAACCCCUUUUGUUUGUGUAUGUAAUAAUUCAACUCCUAAACCUAUCCCACCACCUUUAUGUUAUCCCGGAUCCACUGAUCCUCGCUGUCCUACUAAAGAGUCAUUAGUAUGUUAUCCUGGAUCCCCAGACCCAAGAUGUCCACAAUUUCCUCUUUCAAACUCACUAUCCACCUACGUACUUACCCCCUUGGAACCAGUCAAUGAACAAGGAAAUAAUAAAUUCAUACAGGAAGUUACUACACAGUAUCCAUCAUAUAUAUCUACAGACGAUAGUUUUGGUGGUCAGCAGCAAUUAGAUCUUUUUAAUAAAGCUUUAAAUGGUUUUAAUAUACAGAGGAGAGAUGUAGAGUCUGGUAUUCGUAAUUUGAAAUCAGAGUUGAAAAAUGAAAUCGGUAACGAAAAUUUGGAUGCAUUAGACAGCUUAGGAGAUGAUGUGUUACGUGAACUACAAAAUGAACAAGAAUCUCAAAAGAAACGUUAA